AUGGGUGCGGCUGCGUCGUCUGGCAACACCAUACCUCGCGUGGAAAGCGCCCCAUCCCGCGGACGCUCGCAGGCUAUGCUGCUCGUCAACGGAUCAGUUAAACGUGGUAACAAAGAGGAUUUACAACGCCAUGCGUCGGAUGGGAAGAUUAAUGCCGACGAUUUGAGGAAGAUAAAGCAGCGCCAAAAGAAUGUGGGAACUGCUGCCGAAGAGGAUAUGCGUGUCAUGAUGAGGGAAGCGGACCCAGCUACGUUGUACAUUCUCGACGCUGUGAAGGAGGCGGACGGGCUGCCCGAUGACAAGGCCACAUUGAAACUCCAGUUGCUACGCGGCUGCUACCCCUACCUUGAGCAGGUACCACCACAUCGUCUUGACCAUCUUGCGGUGCUAGUGUAUCAAAAGGAGGGCGAUGUAUAUUUUGCGCAGGGCGAUGCCGAGAGUGCCAAAACGACAUACAGUCGUGCCAUUCAAAUCGCUGAGACGCGUGUGGCCCGUGGUGAGAAGGAAAUAUAUAUGGUACUAAAGAGAUAUGUUCUAUCCAUGGUGGGCAUGGCGCGACUGUGGUAUCAACAAGAACGUGACACGACAGGUUUCACGUUUGCCGGGAAGGUAUCGCCAUUGAUUGCGUCUUUGGACGAGAGUGUACAGUCCCUCAGUUCUCGUGAGAGCAGUGUGCUCUCAGACGCUAGUGUGUUCAGCUUGAAUCAGGAGAUUCUUAAGUCCAUGGCACCAAAGGCUCCUCGUCGCCGUGUUGGGCCGGCGGUUAACGUUGUGAAGCUUCUCCGACCUGUGACAUUGAAGGUGAAUUACUCCCCGGAAGACGACUUUGUGCUGCGUAGUCAAAUGACACGGGAAUUAAAGGCGUCUCCCUGUGAACUGUUAUUGCUCCGCUGUAUCGAGGUGGUGGAAAUAGGUCACAGGCGACAAUCUGAAUUACUCAUCCCUGCGCUGAUUGAAUUGGCUCAAAUAUAUGAAGAUCUGAAGUUGUAUAACCGCUCUCUUUUGUUGGUGCGUCGCUGCCUCGGCAUCCUGUGCGUCGUGUACGACUACGACCACCCAUGGAUUAUUCAGCUGCGCCGCCGCGCAGACCACCUCAUGGAUCACAUGGAAAUACAGACAAGGGAAGAUAUGGCAAGCAAGAUUCAAGCGACAUGGAAAAUGUACAGGGCUAUGUGCCAACUGGAAGAGAUUCUAGGCCGACCCGUGACACGCCACGUAUGGAUUUCUAAGCCGUCCCAGGAACGCACGCCCGACACGGAUUUCCUGAAGGACUUUGUGAACGACCUGCCGAUUGGCACCGUCCUGCACGGUGCCGGCAGCGCGGAGGGGCCGCUGGGCGGCGUGGAGGACAUUCCGAAUGGUGCGCCGUACCGCAUGUCCAACGUGAAUGACAGUAUCCCGUCGCCGGCAGCUACGCUCAGCGAAGGGAGCCGUGACCCCUCGCCCGAUGUGAAACUAGAGCGUCCACCGUCCUCGAAGCGACGCAAGACUAAGGCGAUGAGCGACCAAGUACAACCCUCAACGGAGACAGAGACGGAAGACCCUUAUGGGGAUUCAAAAGUGAGAGCAACGUACCCGCAAUUGCAGCACGAUGAUGAAGGUGUUGUGAAUACACAAUUCAUUCCAAACUCACGGAUCGUGGACACGGCACAGGACACACAGACCGACACACACGUACAGGACACUGCAUACGGUGGGGUGCUGACGGUUCGAACGACGACCGUCACCCGCACUAUUACGGAACGUAUUGUUGGCAGCGACGAGGACGACUCGGUCGUGGAGGAGUAUGAGGACUACGAAGAACAAGAAGAAGGGUCUGGGCCGAGAGUAGAAAUGGUAGAGGAGAAGAAACCGGAAGCGACCCUCAAGUUGCAGACUGAACCGGAAUUCAACGAAGCACCAUUUUCUUCACCAGAGAAAGAUGAAAAUAAUGAACCUAGAAGCGAUGAUACGUCACAGGAGGGAGUGCCACGCGGUAUGCGUGGUGAGGUGACCACUGCCACUACUCUCAGCACCCGUUACGGCAAUAGAGCGAACGAUGACAGCAGCAGCGCGUCGAAAGAGGAUGCUGUACUCCACGCCGAGUCUGUGGCGCCGUCCGAGUCGCAGAUGAGCUACUCUUCCUCAGUGGAUGGCAGACGGCGCAUGCGUGUGUGGAGGGCCAACCUGGGGGAGUAG